AUGGCACUCGAAGCGGAAAAUGGCAAACCCAUGUCAGGCCAGGAACUAAAGCUUCCAGGGAAUGGGAAAGUGAGGUCUGCAGAUAAUUGUGAUUCCAGCUCUUCAAUUCACGAAGAUAUCGAUGUCGCUCCAACUUUCACACCUGGAACGGACGCCAGCGAGAGUGCUAUGACUGGAGACGGGCACUCGGCCGGAGCACCACCUCAGGAGUUCAACAGCGCCACAUGGCAACAAGCUACAAAUGGCAGCUACCAAAUGGGACAACCUUUGGCAACCUCGGAGCAGGGUUUGGGCAUUCUUCUUGAGCACACUCAAGAUCAAACGCAUCAAAAUCCUCGGACGUCGGUCGUGGAUGUAUUCGAGGGACAUAGGGCCAAGGCUGCAUUGGCGGAAAUCGCUGAAGAUAUUGCCAAACAACCAGCAGGUGAUAAAGAAAAAGUGUUAAAACUCUCUCCGGAGAAGAUUCAAGAACUCACAUCGUCGUCUGAAUCUAUUCCGUACCGUGCAGUGGCACCGGAAAACAAUACGGGAAGGAGGGUGGUGUCGGAUAAUGUACAUUCUACCAGUUCGCACACGCGGCCGGAGGCCAAGGAUUCUAUUUUGCAAUCACUUAGCGAAACACCCCUCCUGGCAGAAAAGGUACGGUCCAUCAAGGAUCUUGAUCUUGAUGCAUCUGCACCCGCAAGCCCAGCUGCUGCACGAAACGUCAGCAAUGCGCCUGUGCGGAAUCGCCCAUAUCCAUCCCGAGCAUUAUCCACCCCUGGUCUGUCGCGUCGCCCAGCCAGCGCUUCGCCCAACAAUGAACGACUGGCCCAGACAUGGGCGUCACGCUCCAAGCAAGAUCGACCUGGAGCGGAGAGAGACCUGAAAGAUUUGAAAAGUCAACUUGCCGCAUCUCCGCAGAUUGUCGAAACGCCUCUGACCUCUCCUAUGCUUCCUGCCAUUCCACUACCUCCUGUAUCCAUACCGACUUACCUCCAACUCGAGCUUGCAUCUGGCCGCCCUUCACCACUAUACAUCCAUCGCUCCUCGACGACGGAUUUUCCCUAUGAAUCAUCCAGCGCAAAAAUUGAAAGACUGCUUAAUGUCUUGUUUCUCCCCUGGUCCCUAGAGCAGGUUCUCUGCUUUGGUACUCUUGCAUGUCUUGACUCAUGGCUUUAUUCAUUCACAAUCCUUCCACUUCGCUUUGCCAAAGCUGUGUAUAUGCUUUUUGAAUCCUGGGUGAUGAAUCUGGAUGCUGAGAUGAAGUUCGUGUGGAAAUUUGUCGUUAAUGGUGUUGGCCGUGUCUGGCGAAGGAGACAACAACCAACCGAGAACCAUAGUGAAAGGCGGGAGAGUGAGCCCGAUGCUACUCCACGAAUCCCGAAUGGAUCGUCUUCUGUAAGUGACGGUACAUCAAUUGAUCGAGAGGCAAGGCAUCGACACUCGGAACCCACCAAGCGGAGACAUCGGGCCUCAGAGUCUCGCCGGCGUCAUCAUCGAAGGAAGAAAUCGAUGCCCUCGGCCUUACUUCCAGAUGACAAAGCGGACAUCCUAACAGGUCUGCUCAUGAUUGCAACCUGUUGGGCGUUGAUGUACUUCGAUGCUAGUAGGAUGUAUCACUGGAUUCGCGGACAAGCAGCCAUCAAGCUAUAUGUCAUAUACAAUGUGCUGGAAGUGAGUGAUCGGCUGUUAGCAGCUCUUGGUCAGGAUGUUCUUGAGUGCCUUUUCUCCCGAGAAGCCCUCGAACGUCGUCCUGACGGACGCAGCAAGAUCUUUCGUCCGUUCUGGUUGUUCUUGUUGGCCUUGGGAUAUACCGUGGCGCAUGCGACGUCACUCUUCUACCAGGUCAUGACGCUAAAUGUGGCUGUCAACUCAUACUCCAACGCUCUCAUUACGCUGCUGCUAUCCAAUCAGUUUGUCGAGAUCAAGUCGACCGUUUUUAGGAAAUUUGAGAAGGAAAACUUAUUCCAACUCACCUGCGCUGAUGUCGUGGAAAGGUUCCAGCUGUGGCUGAUGCUCACUAUCAUUGCUUCGCGCAACAUCGUCGAAACAGGCGCUUUUAAUUUCAUUGGAGACCUCGGGCUGGGAUCCAGCUUCUCUAGCCAGUCCUCGACCAUCACAAAUAGCACGCCUCUUUCCACGCCUCCACGAACUGCGUCAUCCAUCUUGCCUCAGUCUUUCACUUUCUUCCCGUCAUCUAUUCUGUCGUCUUUCAACAAUGUCAACUCCUUCGUCCCGACCUUGGCCCAAGUCCUAGGUCCCUUCCUCGUGGUCCUGGGCUCCGAGAUGUUCGUCGAUUGGUUGAAACACGCUUACAUCAACAAGUUCAACAAUUACCGCCCUGCUCUAUACGGCCGCUAUCUCGAUGUACUCGCCAAGGACUACUACACGAACGCUUUCGGUGACCAAAACCUCACGCGUCGCCUAGGUCUUCCCGUCAUCCCCCUCUCUUGCCUAUUCUUCCGGGUCUCAGUGCAGACUUACCAAAUGUUCCUGGCCUCUCUUGUCCCCCAUCAUCCAUCCUCUACUGCAAGGGGAUCUACUUCCCUGUCUUCCAUCCAAAGCCACUACGCACCCCUCCCUCUUCCAUCAACACCACCGUUAACUCUCCGCACUAUCCUUCCUGCCUCAGCAGCACACAUCAAUUUCUUCUUCCGAACCCUCCUGGAAAACGCCAUUCCAUCACCUGCCCAAUCCGUGACGAUCUUCACUGUUGUCCUCCUGAUAACCGGUUUCAUUGUCCUGCUCAUCCUGAAACUCAUUUUGGGAAUGGUCCUUCUUGCCUUUGCGCGCUCCCGCUAUAAGGCUAUGAAGUCAACUGAGACUGAACCGCGCACGGAGCCGCGCAAGUCUUCCCAUUCAUCAUCACACCCACAGCCGUCUAGCGAAACACCAGCGCCGCGCAAAGACGAGUUCAUCGUCGACGGAGCCCGUCGCGCUGGGGGAUGGGGUAUGGUUGAGGUUGGCGACGAAAAGAGAAGAUGGAUCUAUGCGGAUGAUCCUGAAGGAUUGAGGCGUGUGAAGGAGAAGGAAGAAAAAGAUAAAAAUAAAGAUAAGGACUUGAAGAUUGAUCAUGUACAGCGGUAUGAGAUGGUUGCAAAGAAGAUAUGGUGA